AUGUCGCCCAACCCUGACGCGGUGAGAGAGGAACUCGCCUUUAAAGAGGGGCAGAUAAUUAAGGUGAUUGGUUCGAAAGAUGGCGACGGCUUCUACAGAGGCGAGCUGAGCGACGGCAGUAGAGGCCUCGUUCCAAGCAACAUGAUCUCAGAAAUUGACGACCCUUCAAGUGCGUCUCAAAGGAGAUCAGCGUGCGAUCGAACCCAGGCACAGUGGAACACCUUACCCAGUCAGAGAUCCGUUAACAAAUUUUCUUCCGGGCAGUUUGGAUUCGGUGGUAGUGGUGGGGCCAGACAGAUGGUGGCAAUACAAAACUUCGACCCAAUGAUACACGCUCCAAACAGAGAUGUGGAACCGGGUCUGCCCUUAAGAAUCGGCGAUGUAGUGACGGUGCAUGGUAAAGUCGAUAUAAACGGAUACUACCGAGCCGAAAGAAACGGUUCUUUCGGUAUUGUACCGGCCUAUUGUUUGCAGGACAUCGCCAUCAUGCCGAAUAGCAUUAUUAACAGUAGCCCCGGUAUGUUGUCUAGUGAU